UACACAAGUGAAGACAUUUCGUAAUCAAGCUGAGAGUACAAUUGCAAUUUAGUUGCCAUAGUUUCUUGUUUGGUUUUAAGAUAAUUUCCAUAAAGAUAAUGAUAUAUUAUUAUCAGGCCAGGAUAAUCUUGUUUAAACUGUCUAUGUUAUUUGUCUGAAUAUUUAUGGAAAGUUUGGUUUUAAAAUCCAAAGAAGAAGUUUAACACCGAGAAGAAAAAAGUGUUAUUGCAAUACGGUCAUAAUGGCGACAGUGGAAAAACAUGGUUUUAAACGAGACUCUGCAGGUGACUUUAUUGGAGAAUUUUCUGUCACACAAUCUUGUGAGCCAUGUAUGAAGACCAACGUUUCAAAAACUGCUACGUUUAAUUGUAAUGACUGCGAUGAGUUCUUGUGUGAUGCCUGCAAAAAUCCGCAUACCGUGUAUAAAGGUGGAAAGCAUGAUAUUGUCAAAUGCCGGGAUAGAAAAUCUGUACCGGUGGGAGUCGGUAUGAAAGGACUUGAUAUUUGUCAGGAGCACGACAAGGAAAUAGAGUUUUUCUGUCAUGAUCACUCCAAACUCUGUUGUAGUAAAUGUUUAUUCAUUCACAGGAAAUGUGAUCAUUUGGAUGACAUAAACAACGAAAGCGGGCAAAAACGACAUGAACUUCAUGAGUUGAAACAGUUGUUUAUAAAAUUAAAGUCCGAUGCUGAUGCCAUAAUAGCGCAGUGUAAGAAAUCUGAGUUAAGUUUAGAUGGAUCCGUUGCAGAGAUUUCUUCAGUGAUAGACACAAUGAGAGAUCGCAUUAUAAAACUAUUUGAAGACGCUAAGCAGAAAUUAUUAUCUGGGGCAAUCGAUUUCAAAAUAUCAGAGGUCAGACGCAUUGGUAAUAAACUUGAGGCCGCAUCCAAAUUAAAGGAAGAAAUACUCAAAGAAUUGGCUAUGUUUUGUGACAUUUUAGAAAACGGAACGCCUAUCCAACAGUACAUUUAUGCAAUAAAGUUUAAGGAGAAACUUAACACAGUUGAAUUAAAUUUAAAUAAACAAGACGCGAUUAACAUCUCAUCAAUCGUGACAGUGUCGUUUCCAAAAGAGCUGACUACACUUCUUGAGAUGGGAAACAAUUUCAUACAACUGCAUUGCGGUGGAAACAAGACAGGUUUCAGUCCCACAGGAAGUGAUGAUCGAGGAUUCGGUGACCUGGAUGGCGGUCGCAGUGGGCGCGGAGGAUUUGGGCACAGGAAUACUCGUGGUAUACAAAUGUAUGCUCGUGUUUCGGUCUCCAGAUACAGCAGAGGCAGCAUGGCAGGAUAUAGAGGAAGUUUUGUGGAUCUCGACGGUGGCCGAGGAGGAGGCCAAUGAUUAUUUGAUCCGUGGCGGUAGAUCAGUUGGAAUUCAGUCCCAUAAGCGUAUCAUCUCAACCUUGGCCAAUCACCCUUGACCUGCUCGUGUCCGUUGAUCUUCCAAAGACUGCAAAUGAUGAUCCUCAACCUAUCCUCGUUGGACUGGAUUUCCUUGAACUAGAUGGAAGACUGGUAGCCCUGAAUAGCAAGUACUUGAAAUGUCCUAGGUAUCAUACUGUUUGAGCAACUACAGAGACUUGGAACACCGUACAAGUUAAAUAUACACCUACAUUGCGUAGUUUGGCUGCCCUGGAGGCGCCAAAAAAACUUAAGUUGAGCAAAAUAUCAUUUGCAAUAAAUAAGGUGCAUAUUUAGUAGAAUUUAACCAUGUUAUCAUGCGUUCUACACUUAUGAGCGCAAUCGGCAUACAUACCCGUGUAAAAUUGUUUUGCUAACCCUAUGUAACCCGAGUAACUCGGGUAACGGAUUUAGUCCGAACGCUUAUGGAGUAAACUACACUCGCAAACCCCGACAGUAGAAAGAUAAAUAAAUAGUUUUUAUCAAGUAAAGUCACGCUUGCUAGAUUUUCAUCCAAAUAAUAACAUUAUUUCAUAUUUUAUCUACCUGUUUCCUUUCUCGUCAACCAGGUCAGCCAUUUUCCCGCUUCUUGUUGGAAGAAGAAGUAUAUUCGGACAGUCUUACCCGGCUUCCCGGCUCCGUGAGGUGGGUAGCAAUCGAGUGACUCGCGCACCAUAACCAGGGUAACACGAGUAAUACUCGAGCUUUACCCGGGUUAACUCGUGUUAGCUCGAGUUAGUAUGCCGAACGCGCUCUUAAUUACUAACAUGCGUUUGUGUGGUGAUGUUUUGUCAAUAACGAAUACUUGCCCGAUUUAUUAAAAUUGAAUAGUGCUCUAAUUAUGUUUUAUCGCUUAUAACUUUCGAAUUUCUUUGUAUUGUAUAUGUAUUGUGAAUUUAGUUUUGUUAACAUUUUGUUUUCCUGUAUUUAAAAUAACUUGAUAAUUUUUAAAUAGAUAUUUGAAUUCA